UGCGCAGAGCUGACGCACAUGAGCACGUUUCAUUUGCUGACUAUUGUCAUGUUGAACAUUUUCGGUUGCUAGACGACAAUAAUGCACAUUACACCCGUACAGCGAAGAGAGACGCGAAACGACGCUCAGCAAUAUUACUGCGCGGACUCUAUAGCGUUCACACUCAAUAUCGACGUAGGAUCUACUGCUUUUCUUAACGGCGACAUCAGGAAACAGCUGCAUCUUGGGAACUUCUUAACACCCCUUAGUUACCAUUUUCAGUGCUCCUUAAUACUGUUUUAGAUUAGGAUUGCUGCGAAUCUUCGAAAUGAGAAAAUUAAGACUUCCUGCUGCAUCAUAAUACUCAUAACAGGUCGUGCUUCCAAUAUAUCAUACUGAAUGAGAAAGUAUUAUGGUUUUAGUGUUUGUAAAAGGUGAUGAUAAAAUAAAAAAGGCCAUCAGAUAGGCUAUAAUGUCUGUAGUAGCCGGAGAUAUUGUCACUGAAGAGGAGGUAGAGGAUCUGGCAGAGGACAGUCUGUGUAGCAGCUAUGUGUCCGACACUGAAAAGAAAUUAAGAAAAAAGAAAGUUUCAGGCAGACCGCCUCCUUCUCCUAGGUCACCAUACCUGAACAGUGCAAGCUUGCAUCUGAAGAGAACUCCAGUAGCAUCGUGGAGGACGGUGAAAGGGACACAGCUCCAAAACUGUAAAACCCCUCCGGCUGGUACACCGAAGGACGUCUGGCUGCACUUACAGAAUGAUGGACAAGGAACAUUGCCAAAGUCUCCAAAAGGAGCGGAUUACAGUGUCACACAGACCAGCACACCCGAAUACUUGAAGGAGGCCUUAGGAAUGAAAAAGCCAAAAUAUUCCCGCUCUGCAUCCAACGGUUAUGUUCCAGGGACCCCAGACUACAAAGAGAAGGAGGAUAUGUAUGAUGAAAUAAUUGAUCUAAAAAAGACCAUCCAAUCCCAAAAGACUGAAUCGGACAAGAUGAAAGCCAAGCUACGACGUCUCGAAGAAGAAAACGCUAAGAAAGACAGACAAAUCGAGCAGCUGUUGGAUCCAACGAAGGACCCAGAGUAUGCUAGAGGUUUAGUGGACCGAAAGACUGAUCCUAGAUCGAUCAUUAACGGACUGAAACAGAGGAUUCUACGAUUGGAGCAGCAGUGCAAAGAAAAAGAGAAUGCCUUAAGUCAGCUUCAGAGUGACCUCAAAACCACCAACAUGCAGGAAAUGAAGAUCACAGUAGAAACCUAUUUUGAAGAGGUUCAAAGAUUGAGAGCACUUUUAGAGUCAACUGAAAGAAGUAAUAAGACAGAGAGCAAAAACAUCAGGCGGCAAAACAAGACUCUUAGUGCAACGGUUCUGAAACUCACAAACACUGUUCAACACCUUGAGAACGAGAACCAGGAACUCAAAAAAGAAUUGACACAGGAAGAGAUGAACAUGACAGAGAGCCCUGUGUGCCGGGCCAAGGGUUAUAUGGAUUGGAGUAAACAGAGACUUGUGCGACGAAUCCUGGAGCUUGAAAAGAGAGUCGAGCAGAUCACCAAAGCAUCAGACUCACUGAAAAGCCCAGACAAUAAAGGCAUUCAAUCAGAAUCGGCCAAUCAGAGUGAUUCUGUCAACACAGAGAUGGAGCCAUCUGUGAUUACAGAGAAUGAAGCACAUUUGAGGGAAACAGUUAAGAAACUUGAAGAAGAGAAAAAGAAACUAGAGGGAAAACUAACCCAGAAAGAUGAGGAGAUAAAGCAGUUGUCUGCUGAGAAGGAGAAGAGUCUGAAAGAGGUCAAAAACGUGCUGAAGGAACAAAUCAGAGAGCAUGAGAGACUGAUGCAAACACAGAGGCAGGAGAUGGGUGCACUGACCAUACAAAUCAACUGUUUGAAAGAGAAACUAGAGGAGGAGAGAAAACUCAGAUUAGUACAAGAUCCAAGUCAGGUUCAGGACGGUUCUUUGUCAUUAACACUCACAGAUCCAUUGUCAUCGUCAGCAGUCUUGCCGAAAGAGAAGAACAGAGCAGCUAAGCUCAUCCAGACACACUGGCGCUCCCACCGAACACGGGAUCUAGUUCUUUUACAGUCCUGUCUCAGAGGGCAUCUAAUCAGACAGAAGCAGUUAGAUGGACGGAGGCAAGCAGACCCAAGCACCGUCCCUGUUGCCAUGAGCCAGUCAGAUAUGAAGACUCAGGCUGUACAGGAAGAGGAAGUGACUCUGCUGCAGUCUGUCUUUAGGGCUCAUCUCAAACGCAGCACUCUGACGAUGGACAGGGUGUCUGCAGUGACGUCUUCCAUACAUCAGAAAAAGCCGUAUCUCUCCACCCCUCCACUGCUGCCCAGAGGCUCCUCACAAGCCAUGUUUACUAACAAAACACAAACCUCAGACCUGAAGAUCCAACAACAUCAACCAGGCAAAGAAAAUCCAAAGACCAUCGACUCAGACGACUCUGAUGAUAUCAUUGUGUCUCCUUCAAAGCCUCUGAGAAAAAAAAAUUCAGUUCAGUGCUAAUGACUUGAUUUAGUCAUCCAUUUAGUCUUUUUUUUUUGUACUAUUUGGUUUUUUCUCUCAUCUGAGCAAUUUAAAGUGGAAUUGAAACAAAAAAAUGUAACAUUGUAUAUCGGCAAUAAUGACUAGACAGAGAAGAACAUGGAUCAUGGACGAUGGAUCAUUAUGGUUUUGUGAUUUUCACACUUUUAUUCUGCUAAGAUCAUGUUCUUUUGACUUCUAGGAGCUAAGCCUUCAAAUAAGGGACAAAUUCAAAAGUUUAGUCUUCACACUCCAAAAGUGCCUUGUGUUGAAUGAUCAACUUUAAAUGAGGAUCAGGGAUUUACCAAUCGUCAUUUACUUUUCAUUGUAGAUAAAUACACAUAUUACAUUAUUAAGCCAUUGUGUGCAUUUAAGGUACACCUCUGAUUGAUAUAAAAAGUACUGUGAAUCUCCACAAAUGUGGGCGAUGUAUGUAAGAUUGCUGACUUUAUUCAGAUUGGGGGGGGGGGGUGACAGUAAAUGCUGUUUUACUUAAAUGUUGUCAGUUUGUUAUGUGUUAGCUGGUGUAUCUGUAUUGAACCAAUAAUAGCACUGAAAAAUGUGAUGCUGUAUUGUGGUUUUUAAAGUCUUGUUAAAACUGAUUUUGCUCAAAGAGCACAUUAUUG